UUUAGACGUUCGCUGGUGUGAUCUUUAGUGUUCCAGUGUUCGGUGAACAGCUUCCUUUGCAAUUAUCCCAUCGUUUACUGAAGGUCGGUUUGUACAAUCAUUGUGGACGUGGUUGUCGAAGGAUGAGCCACUAUAUUAGUUCUGUGGCGUCGAAUUGCAAUGCUGUUGUGUUGUAUUUGUACAACCGGAUGUCAUGCUGUGGUGUUCCAGUGAAAUGUGCUGUCCUGUGCCGUCCAAUCGUGUGGAGAUGUUUUCUGUACUCUUGACCAGAAGGACUGGUUAUUUCGUGAAUCGUAAUACCUUAAAGUAGCGCCAAGAUGUGUGAUGAUGAUGCAGGAGCUUUGGUCGUCGACAAUGGAUCUGGUAUGUGUAAGGCCGGUUUCGCAGGAGAUGACGCUCCACGCGCCGUCUUUCCAUCCAUUGUUGGCCGUCCCCGUCACCAAGGUGUGAUGGUAGGUAUGGGUCAGAAAGAUGCUUACGUCGGUGAUGAGGCACAGUCCAAGCGUGGAAUUCUUACGCUGAAGUACCCAAUUGAGCAUGGUAUUAUCACAAAUUGGGACGACAUGGAGAAAGUUUGGCAUCACACCUUCUAUAAUGAGUUGCGAGUAGCACCCGAGGAACAUCCGGUUCUGCUGACUGAAGCUCCACUGAAUCCCAAAUCUAAUCGUGAGAAAAUGACGCAAAUCAUGUUUGAGACAUUUGCCUCACCGGCAGUGUAUGUUGCUAUUCAAGCUGUUCUGUCCUUGUAUGCCUCCGGUCGUACCACUGGUGUUGUACUGGAUUCUGGGGAUGGUGUUUCGCAUACUGUCCCAAUAUACGAAGGUUACGCUUUACCGCACGCUAUUCUUCGUAUGGAUUUGGCUGGUCGUGAUCUGACCGAUUAUCUGAUGAAGAUCCUUACUGAGCGCGGUUACUCAUUCACCACCACCGCUGAGCGUGAAAUUGUUAGAGAUAUCAAGGAAAAACUGUGCUAUGUUGCUCUUGACUUCGAACAGGAAAUGCAAGCCGCAGCUGCUACCUCAUCUUCAGAGAAGUCCUAUGAACUUCCAGACGGACAAGUCAUUACUAUCGGAAACGAGCGCUUCCGUGCCCCAGAGGCCCUUUUCCAACCGUCCUUUUUGGGUAUGGAAGCUACUGGUGUUCACGAGACUGUCUACAACUCUAUCAUGCGCUGCGAUGUUGACAUCCGUAAGGAUCUGUACGCCAACAGUGUUUUGUCCGGUGGUACUACUAUGUACCCAGGUAUUGCUGAUCGCAUGCAAAAGGAAAUAACCGCCCUGGCCCCAUCUACCAUCAAGAUUAAGAUCAUUGCACCACCUGAACGCAAAUAUUCCGUCUGGAUUGGUGGUUCUAUCUUGGCGUCCUUGUCCACUUUCCAGACCAUGUGGAUCUCGAAGCAAGAGUACGACGAAGGCGGCCCAGGAAUCGUCCAUCGCAAGUGCUUCUAAGCAUUCGAAACCCGCUCAACAACAUAAAAAAAAACUGUCGCCCUAUGCGACUAUCGCAUCAGCAAUAUACAGUUACACUGCAUCUGAUCCAAAUGCAAAAAAAAACACCAAUGCACAGCUUAAGCCAAUUGGUUACUUUCUCAGUUCAUCGUGUCACGUAGAGAAAGUUUAAGCACAAAGGACCCGUAAUAAUUCCAGAGGAAGAACAUUAUUUAAAAGUUAGACCUGCUUUUGUUAGCAACAGAUAUCUUCGUGAUUUACAAGUUUUGUGUUAUAGCAAUUUUAUUGAAAGACCUGUUCUUAGCAUCACUUUGUAAUACAAUACAUCUAAUUUUACG